AUGGAGUCUGUCGAUCUGGAUUAUACAAUGGCUUGUCGCAUCCAUGAUCAAGCAUCAACGAUUGAGUUGCGAAACGCACAAACCUGGACUCUGGGUCCUCAACAACGCGAUAAAUGGGUGUUGCCUCAGGUGAUUGCCAUGGAAGACCCUAUCCCUGUUAAAUCCUUGCAUUUCGCAGCAGAAAAAGCAACAAACAUGACGAAUCACUUCAGGGACAUGGACACUGUAGCCUGUGAAGAGUGCGCAUCGGUCCUCAGCCCCGCUGCUUACCUUGUUGAUCUUCUUCGACUGCUAAGAAAGACUGCAGCGAGUAGGGACCGUGACUCAAAGGAAUCACUGCUUGAUGUACUUCUCGAUCGCCGCCCGGACCUUCAAAAUGUCGGACUCAGCUGUUCCAACACAAAGCUUACCAUUUCCUAUCUGAACUUGGUAAACGAGGUGCUGGAGGCCCAUAUAUCUUCACUCAAUGGGAAUCCUAGUGCCAAGGAUGUACCACAAAACAUUUUCUCCGACAAGUCGAAUGACCACAAGGAGGCACCGCCGCCCUUCAUCAACAUCAGCGUAUACAAGGAUGCUCUGCAGAAGCAAGUCUUUCCAAUGGCCGUUUUCCCCUACGAUUACUCGAUUGAUGGAAUCCGCUCGUUGCUAGCAGCGAGCGGAACAUCACGAUACGACGUGUUGAAGACAUUGUAUUCACCAGAGCGUUUGUUGAGUCAAUAUCCACACCUCAAAGACUCCUUAAUGGAUAUGAAAGCUGCACAGCAGUUGAGAGACCAAGCCCAAACUUUGAUUUCUCGCUCGCUUGCCGCUGAACUACUCAAUUUGCAGCAGGGCGACUACAUGGCUAUAUGUGGCGAAGCAUUUUACCCUGUAGAGCUCUGGCUGGCUUGCCAAAGUAGCCCCGUCGUGGAUGUCGACGGAGAAUACAAGACUGUGAUGGGUGUCCCGUCAGUCUGCCAGCUUUGGGGCUACGUCGAUUCUAACACCAUGCUUGACGAAGAGAACUGUCAAGGCUUGACCUUUAUCAAAUCUCAGCUCCUGUCCAGGGCCGGAAUCAAUCUCAAGGAGCUUCAAGCGAUACUCGAGACGCAUUUCAUAAGGCGCCGAGUUUAUAUUACAACUGCCUUUGUUCGUUUAUGGAGAAAGAUUGGCUGGUCUAAUUCAGAGUUGGACUGUAUCUUGAGCGUCCUUCGGCGGGAGAAGAGCAAUGCAUCAACAACGAGAGCGCUCAAUGCAGAUUCAAGUAUUACACCAGACAUCCUUCAAGACCUAGCAGCAGUCAAAGAGCUAUCGACUAUCAGUGGCUUGUCGCCAGCUGCUCUUCAACCUCUGUGGGGCAACAUCAACACCAAUGGACCAGAUUCUCUCUACAGCCAGCUAUUCCUUCAAAAGCAUCUCAUUACUUUGGAUCCCGCCUUCAAACCGGACGAGACUACAGGAGUAAUUAUGGCAAACGCAAUAUGCAUCGAGAAGCACAAAUUAACGCUGUUGACAUCAUUGGGUAUUCGGGAACAAAACUUUUCGCCGAUUCUAUCCUGUGCCAACCUUUCCCUUCAAAGCAAGCUGUCUUUACAGAAUGUGUCCAUCAUAUACCGUAUCUCACUCGUCUGUGAUAUGUUUUCCAUCAAACCUGCUCAGUAUUCCGAUCUCUGUACUUUGAUACCGAACAAGGACUGGCUGUCUGGUCCUGUGGAUACUCUCGAGGCUUUUGUAAAGAUGCGGAAGCUUUUAGACAACGGCUGGACCCUGGUAGAUCUAAAGCGGGUGACUGGAGGGGAUUUAAGUGAAAACGAAGCCAAAGCGGCUUCCAAAGCUGUAGCAAGACUGCAGUCUGCCGUCAUGUCUAUUGACACGGCUUACCCAGCGGCAUUAGACAGCUCCCUUAUAGCGCAACCAGAAACGGUGGACAAGUCGCUCGCGCUCUUGUUUCAGCCGAGUACAUCCCAGUCUAUUUAUAAUCUGAUCGAAGGUGCCUAA